CCAAAAUCAAAAUUCGAAAAUCAAAAGAGCGAAAAAAAGAGAAAAGAAAUAUUGCGUCGUUGAAUUCAAGACCCUUCGAUAAUUAUAUCACUUCCAAUAAAAGAAAAAAGAAAGAGGAAAAAGAGAGUCUUCUCUCUCCUUCUUCCCCUCUCUCUCAUUUCGCAUACCAAAUUUUGAACGGACAACGAAUUAAUCCAUGGAGAUUUUAGACCCUGCUGGCGCGUGUUUUACCGACGACUUUUUGAACUUCAACCUCGAAGGCGAAGAAGAGAGCCAUACCAUUUUCAAAGGCGCCUCCGCCUUGAAAGCUCCGAAAGCGGCGGCCGGUUUGGGCCGUGGGCCGCUCCCCGGCCCCUUUCCUGAAUUCGUGGAGGAGGAGGAGUUGGAAUGGUUAUCGAACAAGGACGCUUUCCCCUCGGUGGAGACUUGCUUCGGCAUUUUGGCAGACAAUCCGGAGCUCGUGAUGAGCCACCAGAGCCCCAUUUCCGUUCUUGAGAAUAGCAGCAGCAGCAGCAGCCACAGCAACGCUAGCUCCGGCUCCGUCGCCAGCUGCUGCAACAGCCUCAAGGUCCCCACGAACUACCCGGUUCGUGCCCGGAGCAAACGUAGAAGGAGACGGACUGGAUACGGCAACCUCCCAAGCCAGCAGCAGUUACUGUGGUUGAAUCCAGUCAGCAUCAAGACCAAGAAGGAAGUCGUUUCAUCCUUUGUGUUGGCGCCUUCCCCGGCCGGUGGGAUGGGGAGGAGGUGCCUGCAUUGCCAGGCCGAGAAGACGCCCCAGUGGCGGGCGGGCCCCAUGGGGCCGAAGACUCUUUGCAAUGCAUGCGGGGUAAGGUACAAGUCGGGGCGCUUGCUGCCUGAGUAUCGCCCUGCGAGCAGCCCGACUUUCUCAAGCGUGCUGCACUCAAAUUCGCACCGGAAGGUGGUGGAGAUGAGGAAGCAGAAGCAUGUGCCAGUUGUGGAUGGAGAUGGAGAUGGAGAUGGAGAUGGAGAUGGAGUGGAAGUGAAUGUAGCUUGUGGAUAUAGGCUAGGAUGAUAGUGUUGGCUAGUUUUUCAUUACAGUGUUGCUGCAUUUGGGCUUCCUUUUUUUUUACCUUGCCUUAUUUUUGUUUAUUUAUUUAGACUUAGUUAGAUUAGUGUUAGCUUCUGUUUUUUAUGAAAUUUGUUUGAGGUCUUGUUGUAAUGAUUUUAAUGAACUAGAUGGUUAGGCAAGCCAUAUUAGUUUUUUUUUUCUUUCUAUGAAUAUUCUUUAGCCAGUUUUGGUGUUUUUUUUGGAUGAAAAUGGCUAAACAGGGGAACAAGUUGGUUUA